CCCCCUGUUGCCCACACUGAAUUACUGAGCAUUUCCUCAUUUGCUGCAAGUUCACUCACACAGGUCAUGUAGCUGUCUGUACAGCAGCAUCUGUCUGGAUACUGAAUCACUGCUGGACAUGGAGCACUUUAUCCAAUACUGAAUCAUCACUAAAGGCAAAUAUGGAGGAGAGCGUUGAUGUCAAGGCUCUCAGGGCCCGGUUCAACAGCAAGGCCAGCACCUCAGACAACAGCAGCCGAGACAGCAGCUCCCCGAAAUCUCCACGACCCGGGUUUGGGAGAGUGAUCCCGCCGGUGACAGAGAACGAUCUGGUCCAUCAUAGACUGUCUCCUGUUGCUCUUCCUCCUUUGACGGGACCGGGCCUGGUGAGGUUCCCAAGGACAGAGCCAAUGGCCACUUCCAUCCCUCCCAGACCUCCUUUCCCUCGACCGCCUCCCAGUUCUGGAGUCAGAGCACCCUUCCAGCCGGCAGACACCACCAAGGUCAAGCAGACGGGGCAGUUGCUACAGAACAUGAUGCUGGGGCACCAGAGGCCUCCGGGUGUGAAACCACUCCUGAGUCCAGCUCCAGCUCCAGCUCCAGCUUCAGCCCCUGCACCACCUCCCACCUCCACCCCUCUACCGCUCCGACAGCAGCCCAGACAGAGGAGUGCAGGGGAAGUGACCCCGCUGAGGAGGCCACUGCCCCCUGCAGGACCUUUGCCCUUGAAGCCAAAACGGCCUCCAAACGUCAACCUGGAGCCCUUUAAGAGGUUCAACAGGGGACCUGCCCUUCCUGCCCCAAGGAAAAGUGAUACAGGUUCCCCAGUUUCAACAGGUAGAAAAAUGUCUACACCAGGAGGCAUCAGUCCUCCAAAACCGCCACAACGAUCCAACAAACCAAGCAGGCUGCCGCGCCAGAUCGCCUCUGUGGACCUUGACGAUAGCCAGGACACCUAUGAUGACAUUGCAAGUUUUGAGAAAAAUGAGUCCUGGAGUGACAACAGUUCACAGUGUAUAGAAGAGGACGAUGAUGAAAUAUACGAGUUAGUAGAUGAAGAGCAGUUAGAGGUGAACCAUGUGAAUGCUGAGAAGUUAAACAAGAAAGAUGCGAAGAAGCAACGGGAACAAGAGAAGAAAGAGCAGAUGGAGCGUCAGAAAAAACAGAAUGAGUUGAAGAAAAAUUUUCAAUUGCAAGGAGAGGUGGAGGUUCUUCAUACAGCCAAAGUGCGACACGAUUGGUACGGAGGAGGAAAAUUGGACCUCAGUGUACGACAAGGCGAAAGUGUGGAGAUCCUUCGAGUGAAGAAUAACCCAGGAGGCAAAUGGCUGGCUCGUUCUCUGAAUGGAAACUACGGAUACAUCAGCAACACAUGUGUGGACAUUGACUAUGAAGCAGUGAAGCGCAAAGUGCUCCAGUCCAGAAAAAUAGACACAUCACCGUUACCUCCACCACCUCCAGACCCACCAAUGAUGGAGUCCAAUAACAGAGACAGCAUGCUUCAAGAUGAUGAUGAUGACUAUGAUGACGUUCAACCAAUGACUGAGGACUUUCCCCCACCACCACCUGAAGUCAGCAUAGAUCCCAGAGUGGAGAAGGAUCUAAAAAAAAAAUUUAAGUAUGAAGGGCCGCUUCGGGUGCUGCACACCAUGAUGGUGGACCCUAAUGGUGUCAUAAAGAAGCCAGGAGGGAAGGACCUGCAAGUGUCUCAGGGAGAGGUCCUGGACGUCAUCCAGCUCACCAGCAGCAAAAAAGCUCUGUGUCGAAACAGAUUUGGAAAAUAUGGUUAUGUGUCCAGGUCUCUUCUUCUUCCAAUGGAAGGAGACAUUUACGACGAUGUUGACUAUCCAAGUGACAUCUAUGACAACGACUCACAUUGAUUAUUAAAAAAUGCCAAACUCCACAUACACACAGUAAGAGAAGGAGACACAGAAAAAGAAACAAACUAUAUGAAAACCAAAAACUUAAGCUAUAUAAAACUAUAACUUUAAAAAACUAGAUGUCAAAAACUGAAAAUAAGAUGGAGACAAAUACUUUCUUGGAAUCUACAACAAAUAAACAAACAAUCUAGGCUGUAACUCAAACUAAAUAAAACUAUUAAAUAUUUAACUAUAUAAAGACAUAUGAAACUGAUCCAUACAUGGAUACACACACACACACACACACACACACACACACACGUCCUGUGCUGAGACUCAACAUUGCAUUGUUUGUCAAACUGCUUGUAUAGAAGAUGAAUACACUAUUACUGUAGCUUUGUGUACUGCUUGACGUCUGAGAUAACUUAAAAUAAAUAAAGUACUUUUUUCUGGUAA